CACCUGGUGUCUUCGUCCUUCCUCGGCAACAACCGUCACGUUUUCCAGUCCUUGCUUGAGCGUGAUGACACCAACGGUAAGUUUCUUGGUGUUGUUGAUACGUCGAGGUUGGAUCAUUGGCGACAGGGGUCUAUGCGUCUCCUUCUCCGUUUCAUCCAGUGCACCACAGCGGCCAUUAGGAACCUCAGAAGAGCAGAGCCAAGUUACGGGCUGCGACGCUGCGCAUCAAAUCUCACACCCUUCCCCACCGCUAACACCACCACCACAACCACAAACUUCGCAUGCCCCACAGCGUGGUUUGUGGCUCCUGCUUCUUCUUGCGUGGCCCUACUUCUCUUAAUUAUUCCUAAGAAUGACGUAGCUGUGCCUUGGGAAUCAUUUGCGGUCUGCCUGGAGCUUCUUCGGAUACGCUAUAUGUGUGCAUUCCUGCACCACCAUCAGAUAUCGGAGCUGUUGUAGUAGCAAGUGACCGACGACGUAGCUGUUGAUUGCCGAAGGCCAGCAGCAUGCAGGAGAAGGAGGAGGUCUCCAAGUUUGCUCUGCCGGUGGACGAGGAGCACAAGGCCACCGAGCUGCGCCUCCUCUCGGCCGCCGGCCCUCACAUGCGGGCCUUCCACCUCGCCUGGCUCUCCCUCUUCACCUGCUACUUCUCCACCUUCGCCACCCCGCCCCUCCUCCCCGUGCUCCGCCGCCACCUCCACCUUUCCCCCGUGGACGUCGCCCACGCCGGGGUCGCCUCCGUCUCCGGCAUCAUCGUCGCCCGCCUCGCCAUGGGCCCCGCCUGCGACCUCCUCGGCCCCCGUGUCGCGUCCGCGGCCCUCGCCCUGCUCACCGCCCCCGCCGUCUACGCCGCCUCCGCCGUGUCCUCCCCUACUGGCUUCAUCGUCCUCCGCUUCGUCGCCGGCCUCUCGCUCGCCAACUUCGUCGCCAACCAGUACUGGAUGAGCUCCAUGUUCGCCCCCGGCGUCGUCGGUCGGGCCAACGGAGUGUCCGCCGGCUGGGCCAACGCGGGCAGCGGCGCCGCGCAGUUCCUCAUGCCGCUUGCUUACUCUUUCAUCCUCCGACUCAGCGGCAGCCCCUCCUUCUCUUGGCGCGCUGCCUUCCUGAUCCCGGCGACGCUGCAGGUCGUAGGCGCUCUCGCGGUGCUCGCCUUCGGACAAGACUUGCCGGACGGCAACUUCGUGUCAUUUUCCAGAUCACAGGAGAAGAGAUCGUUGAGGAAGCCAACGUCGAAAGAAGGCUUCUGGGUAGUCAUCGCCGACGGCCUGGGCAACUACAGGGGCUGGAUACUGUGCCUGACCUAUGGCUACUGCUACGGGGUCGAGCUGGCUAUGGAGAACGUGGUGGCGGAGUACUUCUACGGGCGGUUCGGGCUAGGGGUGGAGGCGGCGGGACUGGUGGCGGCCUGUUUCGGAAUGGCCAACGUGGUGUCGCGGCCGGCUGGCGGGAUGAUCUCGGACGCCAUGGGAAGGAGGUUCGGUAUGCGUGGGAGGCUGUGGAGUCUGUGGGUGGUUCAGACCGUGGGAGGGGUGCUCUGCGUGCUGCUGGGGAGGAUGAGCUCGCUGGGGGCGUCCAUGGCCGUCAUGUGCUGCUUCGCUUUCUUCGCGCAGGCUGCCUCGGGGCUCACCUACGGGGUGGUGCCCUUCGUCUCCAAGAGGUCGCUGGGAGUGAUCUCGGGGCUGACAGGAAGCGGCGGAGCAUUAGGCGGAGUGGUAAUCCAGCUGCUGUUCUUCUCAGGCACCAAGUACUCCAAAGAGACCGGCAUCUCCCUCAUGGGAGUCAUGGUCCUCGUGUGCACUCUGCCAGUAAGCUUGAUAUACUUCCCACAGUGGGGAGGCAUGUUCUGUGGCUCAUCCACCGCGGAAGACGAUGAUCCAGAGGAAGAUUACCACUUGCUAAAGUGACAUCUCAACCCACCUCUGCUCCCAACUGUUGUACUCCAUUCUUCCCCUGUAAAAUUCAAGGCUGUGGUUUGCUGUGAUGUCCAUGUUUAUGGUGGUCAGUCCUUGUACAGAUUCCCUCUGUUAAUUGAGUUCAAACCAUUAUGGGGUUUGAAUUGUCAAUGUUUCUACCUUCUAUGAAAACGUUCAUGGAUUCUACAUA